AUGCUUGGCAAUGUUCUUGCAAUUGCCGGGUGCACGAAUUCCGGAAAAACCAGUUUAGCUUUAAGAAUUGCAAAAAUUCUUGGCGACGAUUGUACUGAAAUUAUUCAUCAGGACGAUUAUUAUUACGAUUGUGAUAAGGUUGAAAAAAUUUAUAUGAAGAUUAAUGGAGUUGACGUAACCGAACGCGGAUUUUACUAUAGCUAUGACGAGAAAGAAUCGGUUGAUAUCGAGAGAUUUAAGGAGGCUAUUGAAAACGCUUCCAAACAAUCGUCAUAUGUAAUUGUUGAGGGUAACAUGAUUACCGAGAUGGAGCAAAUUGUCGAAUUGUGCACUAGAAUAAUUGUUUUAACAUUAGACAUUGAUACAUGUCAUAGAAGACGUCUCACACGGGUUUACGAUCCGCCCGACGAUGUUGGAUAUUUCGAAUACGUCGCAUGGCCGGCGUAUCAGCGUCAUUUACGGCGAGCUUUUGAAAAAAGCAGAAUCGAUAAGAGACUUAGUUUUCUUGAUGUUUCCUCACCGUCGGAUGUGAUUACAGAAGAAUCAAUGCUUCAGAUUUUGUCGCAAGUAAUCAACGAUCAUGUGAAGAUAAGCGUGAAUCCGCUCGAUGUGAACGAAAUUAUGCAAAUGGCAUCCUCUCCCUCUUGCGGAGCGGUUUCCUUAUUUGUAGGCACCACUCGUGAUGUAUUCGAAGGCAAACAAGUGAAAACGUUGAGCUACGAUUGCUACGAUGAAAUGGCCUAUAAAGAGCUUCGCAAAAUUUGCGCGCAAUUACACGAAAUCUACGACGAUGUUGAGAAAGUGGCGAUUCAUCAUCGAAUCGGUGAUGUGCCCAUCAAAGAAUCAUCGAUUGUGAUCGCCGUUUCAUCGCCUCAUCGCAAUCAGGCGAUGGAGGCGUCGAAAUACGCAAUCGAGGAGAUUAAAAAUUCGGUGCCCAUAUGGAAAAAGGAGAUUUAUGAAUCCGGUGAGCACGUGUGGAAGAACAACAGCCAUUGUGGAUGCAACAAACAGUUGCAUUCCAAAACUUCCAAUAGUCCGCUAGUCAAAUCAACCAUUGACUCAUUCCUCAAGUUUUUUUCACAAUAA